CACGUUCUGAAGCCUAACACAGAGGAACCUCACAUCUCAGCACCAUGUACCGGACUAGCAUUCUUCUUUGCUGCCUUAUCAUUCUGACUCUAAAUGGGAUUCAAGGAAUUCCUCUCUCUAGAACGAUACGCUGCAGCUGCAUCAAGAUCAGCAGUCGACCUGUUACUCCAAAGUCCUUAGACAAGCUUGAAAUUAUUCCUAAAAGUAAAUCUUGUGAACAAGUUGAGGUCAUUGCUACUAUGAAAAAUGGAGAAAAAAUAUGCUUGAACCCAGAAUCCAAGGUCAUCAAGAAAUUACUGAAAAAUGUUACCAAAGAAAGGUCUAAAAGAUCUCCUUAAAAUGAGAGAAGCAAGUCACUGCAGUGCUGAUACCUCAGAGAGGACCUCAGAGAGGCUGCUUCUCCCAUGACUACCCUGCGUAGAAUGGAUGCCAAAACCUAAUUGUCCCUGGUUUGCAGUUCUCCUAAAAGAUGACCAUCCACACUCACCAAAUUAGCUGCUACUACUCUUGUAGGAAAGCAGAUGGUUCAUCAUCUUGAACAAGUCCAGUAGUAACUCUAUCACUCCAUAAGCUAUGCUGAAGUGCAAUAUUCUGAGCAAAUGUGCCAAGUCCUGACACUCUCCUUACUUCGAAGAGUUGCUAAAGAAUUGUGUUCUCCUCUGGGUUUAUCAGAGUUAUUCAACUCUCAAAUAAAACUAAGAGGUAUGCAACCCAAGUAAUAAUGCAACUGCUUUUAAAAAAUACUUCAUUGGCUUCUACUGGAUCCUUCCAGGGAACCCAUGUUCUUCCAGUGGUUAUAGACAGGUAAUUCUAAACACAUACAGGAAGCUAGAAGUGUGUGGAGAUGUACAUAGAAAUAUUCAGUGAAAGACUGUACACAGUAGAAUUCUUAGCUCUAUUUUUCUUACAUUAUUUUCAUUGUAUUUAAACUAAUCUGUGUAAUUAAGUUAUAUGCAAGUAACUGAAGAAGUUUUAAAAUCUAGAUCCAGUUUUAAAUAUUGAGACAAAUGUGCUGAACAGUUUUCAAAAAAUGUGUGCAAAGUUGUAAUGGCAGCCAUAUUGAGUGCAUUCACUUUAUGAUUCUGUACAUACUAUUUAUGUAUUUUGUGUAUUAACAAUAUACUUUGAUCUAAAAUUUAACAAAAAUAAACUGAAAUUAAAACUUAAAAAUGUGUGCAGAUAUUAAGAAGGAACACGUAAAUAUUGAAAGGUCAAAAAAGUAAUAAAGUAAUUAUUAAUUAA